AUGGCUAAUAGUUUUGAGAACAAUGUAAGACCAAAGGAAGAAGUCGAAGGACUUGAGCCGCUUAUACGGGAGUUCGCAAAGGUCCUACACACCAAGUUCUUUGAAAGUCCUUUGCCUUUCUUCUCAUAUAUGCAAAUUCAUACCUCACUGACGAGCUCGAGAAGAGGCAAAAGAAGAAUACGUCGUAAGAGUAAGCCUUCGUCCUUGGUCCUUAUUGCUUGUAGAGGACUUGAUCCUAUUGGGAUAGCGGAAUCGAUGCUUGAACCCGAGGAAGAAGAACUGUUUAGGAGAUCAAGAAUUGCUUUCGCUGAGCCAAUUGAUACUUGGGCUGAAUCUACACAGGCAUAA